GGGCACCUCGGCGGGGGACAUGGAGCGCUACUACCGCCUGCUGCGCUCCGCCGCGCUGCUGGAGGCCGCCGCCGAAACUGCAAUACCCUUCUGUGCAAAGGACAUCAGUGAUGAUCUGAUGAAAGAGUUUGCUUUUCUGUCUGGUGGCCGAGGGAAGGACAAGGCUUGGAUUAUCACCCUCCCCGACAACGCUCACUUCAACGAGGUGCCCGAGGAGACUGUGUCUAAAGUCUUAACAUACCUAACGUCAAUCCCGAGUCAGUAUGAGUCUGACACCAAAUUUAUUCUAAUCCUGGAUAGAAGAUUGGACACAUGGACAUCAGUCAAAAUGACUCUCCAAAAAAUAGCAGCAUCUUUCCCAGGGAACCUGCACUUAGUGAUGGUUCUUCGUCCCACGGGGUUUUUCCAGCGCACCUUCACUGACAUUGGAUUUCGGUUCAGCCAGGAGGAUUUUCUGCUCAAGUUACCGGUUGUUAUGCUGAGCUCGGUGAGCGACCUGCUGACGUACAUUGAUGAGCAGCAACUGACCCCGGAGUUUGGGGGCACCCUGGAGUACUGCCACAGCGAGUGGGUCAUCUUCAGGACUGCCAUAGAGAGUUUUGCACUGACCGUGAAGGAAAUUGCACAGAUGUUACAGUCCUUUGGCAUGGAGCUGGCAGAGACCGAGCUGCCCGACGACAUGUAUUCCAUCGAGCGCAUCCUGGCCCUGCGCACGGAGAAGUACUACCAGCUCAAGGAAGAUAUUACAGCAGUCACAAAAGAGGGGAACUUGCUUUUGAGCAGUUUUGAAGAGCCUGACUCUGGGGCAUGCAGUCAGGACCAGCACCAUGAGAGGCCUGGAGACUGGGAGACUGUGAAUCGGUUACUUGGUCAGCUGCGUGAGAUGGAGACUGCUUUUGAUGGCUUCUGGGAAAAACACCAGUUAAAAAUGGAACAAUAUUUGCAGUUGUGGAAGUUUGAGCAAAGUUUUCAAGAGGUCAAGAAUGCCAUUGAAUUUUUAAUGGGUCAGCAAGCGGAGCUGCCCGACACUGGGGACAGCAUUGCCCAAGUGAAGCAGAGGCUCAAGGACUUGGAUCAUUUCGAUGGUAUGGCUCAGGAUCUGAUAGGGAAGGCUCAGGUGGUGAUACUGCAUGGACACCAGCUAGCAGCAAAUCAUCACUACGCGCUCAACUUAAUCUGCCAGCAAUGCAAUGAGCUGCGGCACCAUUCUGAUGUCCUGUCUGAUGAGAUCAAAAAGAAGCAGAUGCGACUGCAGAAGACCUUGGAUCUUCAUACCCGGCUUCAGCAGGCUCUGCAGUGCUGUGACGAAGGUGCCUACCUGCUUGCCAACCAGCAAAUGGAUAAGUGCCAGUCUAAAGAAGGUGCUCAGAAAGCUCUCCAGGACAUAGAAAGAUUUCUUGAAAGCUCUUCAGCCUACUUAAACUAUGAUCCCCAAGCCCUACACUACGAUUUCGAGUCAGUCUUAACAUCUGAGUUGAAGUGCCAGAUCCAGUCGGUGCAGGUCAAGCUUGAGAACGUUCGGAGCAUGUUUGAGAAUCGGCAGUCCUGCUUCAAGAAGCUGUUGGAUAAACACGUGCGGCCCGUCCAGCUGGUGGCUCCUCGGCCAGAAAAUCCACCAAGAUCAAAAUCACCAUUAUUUUCACCUAAACAUGGUGUGGAUUUUAAUUCCAGUUUGAAAUUUUCAUUUGAUCUUUCUCUCCCUGGGAAGAAAACAUCAAGAAAAACUCCGAGUUCUCGCAAGAUCGAAGUAAUGCACGACUAUCAGGAAAAACGGAAUUCCUUGCAGUAUUUUAUUUCAGACAGUGAUGACAGCUUAGAUAUACUAAAAGGCCAUGUCAUAAAUGAGCUUAUAGAAACUGAGAGAGUGUAUGUAGAAGAACUCUUCACUGUUCUGACGGGCUACAGAGCUGAGAUGGAUAAUCCUACCAUGCUCAUCCUCCUGCCUCCUGUGCUGAGGAACAGGAAGGAUGUCCUCUUCGGAAACAUGUCCGAGAUAUACGACUUCCACAACAAAAUUUUCCUGCACAGUUUGGAAAACUGCCUGGGAGCACCCGAGAGAGUGGGAUGUUGUUUCCUAGACAGAAGAGAGGAUUUCCAGAUGUAUGAGAAGUACUGCCAGAACAAGCCCCGGUCGGAGUCCCUGUGGAGGCAGUGCUCUGAAAGCACCUUCUUCCAGGAAUGCCAAAGAAAAUUAGAACACAAACUCGGGCUGGAUUCCUAUUUACUUAAACCAGUGCAGCGCCUGACAAAAUACCAGUUACUUCUAAAGGAACUGUUAAAGUACAGCACGAGCUGUGAUGGAGUUCAGGAACUUCAAGAAGCUCUGGUUGCAAUGUUGGAUUUGCUGAAGUCAGUCAACGACUCUAUGCAUCAGAUUUCAAUAACAGGAUAUGAUGGUGACCUGAGCGAACUGGGGAAAGUAUUGAUGCAGGGAUCUUUCAGCGUUUGGACAGGACACCGAAAAGGCCCGACAAAAAUGAAGGACCUUGCCAGGUUCAAGCCAAUGCAGAGGCAUCUGUUCUUGUAUGAGAAAGCCUUGGUCUUCUGCAAGAAGCGAGAGGAGCACGGAGAUGGAUAUGACAAAACCUCAUCUUACAGUUUUAAGCAUUUUUUGAAAAUGAAUGCAGUUGGAAUAACUGAGAAUGUGAAAGGAGAUCAUCGGAAAUUUGAGAUCUGGUACAGUGGGCGAGAAGAGGUCUAUGUUGUGCAGGCCCAAACAGUAGAUCUGAAGAUGGCAUGGUUGAAUGAAAUACGAAAAAUUUUGUUCAAGCAGCAGGAGCUUAUAAAAGUAGAGAAGCAGCAGCCCGGCUCAGGCACAGACCAGAUCCCUCUAUCCUCCCAGCUGAGUGAUGGAAAGCAGCAGAGAGCCUCCAUAAGCUCAGAAGAGAACGACUCAGAGCGCACCAGCCCGGUGAUGUUGGACAGUGGGCUCGUGUCCCCCCAGAACAAGCCCCACCGAAGCUGGCCAGGAAUGUCUCAGUCCCUGGAAAUCUGUGAGGGGUUGGAGGAGUGGUCGGGUAACCAGUACCUCUCCAACUGCUCGGACACCGAAGAGGAGGAUGGGAACCAGCUGUCUCCAGGAAAAUACAAAGCCCUUGCAGACUGCAAGAGGAGAGGAUCAGAGGACCUGCUGGUGAAAAACGGGGAUGAAAUUCAGCUCGUGCAUGAAGAUGGUGAGGGACAGUGGUUGGUGAAAAACCUAAACAGAAGAAAAGAAGGCUGGAUUCCUGUCCACAGUCUGCAGAUAGUAGUCGGUGACUGCAGAUUUCGGAAUGCCAAAGUUGCAGAUUUCUUUGCAAGAGCACUGAGUAGAAGAUCCAGGAGAAGAGAUGGAGUCUGACCAGGGAUUCCUGUGACUGUUUUGCCUACUCGCUGCUGUAGCCCAAACCCCGUGUGAACAGGAGGCACCUAGGCAAAACCUCCUCCUGCUGCAAAAGACAUCGUGGCCUGACCCCCAGCACUCUAAAGGCAAUAUUUCAUCCCUGCAGCCUCACUCCUGCCCUCAUUGCUGCCUGCUGGUUAAUCCCAUCCUUAGAUAAAUUUUAUAAUAAACAGGUUACCAGCUUUUGGCCGAAGGCUUCUAGUCUCGGAAACCGUAUUUCACAUUUUCUAGCUGUAAAUGUACAUAGAAAUAGGUAGGGAAGCAUAACAGAUGACACAAGAAAAUGCCUUAAGAGCAGCCUGUCGCCCUUGCCGUGUAUGCAGCAUCACCACUCCAUGUGUUGCCUCAUCCCCAUGCUGUUCACUGGAAAUGGGAGACCAGGGUUUUGGUGGGAACAGCUCAGGAAACCCACAUAGACUUAGUCCAUUAAAAAAAAAAAAAAAAGAAUACACUAGUUAUGACCAUAGGAAGCAAAUUUCACAAGGAGUUUUAUCUUUAAAUACUUCAUUUUUGUCAAAAUCUAUUAUUUUGAUGAACAUGAAGGAAGCCUUCUGAAAGGCUUAAAAUUCCAGACAGCUCUUGGUGGUUUUCCAGUAUAUUUCAGUGAAAUCCUUCCCAUACAGGAAGGUAUUUUUUAUCCCCUUUGUUAAAGGGCAGUCAAAUCUCACAGGUUGGAGGUUUUCUGACUUUAUGUAAAGGGUAGUUUGCUAACCAGUGUUCAAAUUUUGCUGGCACCCUGUUUUCGAGAUGCAAUUAUGUCUACCUUGAUCUUCUCUGCAUGUAUAGCUAUCCCAUCCCACCAUAUUCUGUGCAGGAGGGUUCUCCAGCUGUGAAUGCAACUCAAAAACAGGGUGCUGGCAAACUUUGAACCUUGGUUUGCUUUGUCAGUGGUCAUAUCCCUGAAAGCCAGAGACUCACAGCUCCAGACUGGUUUACAAAGUUGUUGAGUACAAACUAAGGAGAAUUUCACAAGGUGAAAUCACAGAAAGCUCCUUCUGUGAGUCCCACACCACUGCCCAGGUACUUUGCAGUCGUGUCCCAUGGUUUAGUUGCAGCACUGAGGCUCUGUUUUCCCUGUGAAGGUAAUUCUGUUCUUUUGCCAUUGCUGAUCGUGCCUGCAGUCUCAAGGCAUGGUUCUAAUUUUACGUGCACUCCAGGCAAUAUUGUGGGAUGAUGUAGGAUGUUUUCAUGCUAUUUCCUAGAGCUAUUCCUAGAGCUUUUCGAUUGCAGAAUGAUGUAGGAUGUUUUCUUGCUAUUUCCUAGAGCUAUUCCUAGAGCUUUUCAGCGACGUGUCCUUAUAGCCAUAAGCAACUUGCACUCUGAAAAUUGACUUUAAGACAGUACCUUUGCAUUUGGCAAUUCUCCUUCCUCUGUGGGCUGGUCACUUCACACUGCAGGUGACACUGUACCACUGACUCCUCAGGAAUGCAGUCUGGAUUGGGCUCUUUUCUGCUUCUUCAGAAGAUGGAGCUCUUGCUCCAAUAUAGCACAGGGAGAAUUAGGCAGCCAAGCUUGUAGAGCAAAGUAGGGGCAGGAGGGAGCACUUGAACCCUCUUGUAUUAUGAGCUGCUUGUGCUGAAAUGCUGGUUUACAUAUAAGCAGGGUAAACAUGAUUAACAUGUUGUGGGGUCCCCAAGAGCUGAGAGCAUUCUGGAGUCACUUCAGCGCUGGGGGAGAGGCAGUUCCUGGCCCUUCACAGGAGCAUUGCUUCUGUUAUUUCUCCAGAUCCCCCUAAUAAAUAAAAAUAUUUGUCCAAUUACAGAAGCUCAUAACAGAAUUCAUACAAAUCUGGGUUUGAGGAUGUUUUGUCAGUGCAAAGCCUUUAGCUGAAUAGAUUACAUCGUUUCCUUACCUUCACAUUUUUUUUCUUAAAUUUGUGCUGUGGCCCUAAAAAAACCCUCCCACCACAAGAUGUCUGAUACACCUACAAGCUGUUCCUUUCCCUCCUGCUAAUUAUUCCAGUGUUGAGCCAAUACAAAUCAUAAUGAAGUUACAGGGAACUUUUUGCUGCCCAUUUUAACUUAGCAAAGGUCCAUGCCCUACUACCUGGCCAUCUCUAGCUUUGCAAAUCCACCAUCCUCUUGUAAAUCUUGGCCUGGAGAUAAGCCAGAGGCUUUUUGGGAGGAAGACAGCUGGCUUGGAGAUCAUUUUGAAAACAAGUUUUAUUUCUGGUGUGCCUCUAGCUGUUAAGUUCUAAGUUUAGUCCUUGAUGCUUUCUUCUGAAUAGAUUUAUUCACUCUUCUGUGCACAUCCACAGUGGAUUUUUUUGUGCCAUAGGAAAUGUUUUGUAUUGAAGGGGAUUACACACAGAUCUCAAAAUGAUCAAAAUGAGAAAAAUUUGGAGAGAACUCUGCUCAGAAAGAGCAAUAUUCAGAAAAUAGCUACUGCUGAGGUUCACCCAUGUGUUGCUAGUGCCAGCUGCCUUGCUAGAGCUGUCAGGCAUUGCCUGGUCUACUGACUUGUUUUUGCUAUGAAUUAACAAGAUGUGGAAUUAUCUCUUCAUUUCAGGGAAGGUGAGGGCUGCAGCAUUACAAUCCCAACUCCUCUUCUGCAGUAGGGCAGGAGACAAAACAUUUCUGCAUGUCCCUUGGUGGAUGAUGUGCCAAAAUCACAAUUUAUAGCCCUGGCAGUGUCUGUGCCAGUGAAGGAAGAAACGUCUCACCUGUGCUGCAGCUUCAUGGCAAAGGGAGAGGGGGGGACAGCAGAAAUUAGGUCCUUGCUGUAACCCAAAGUAGAUGUGACUUGUUUUCUCUUCAGUGACACAGUGCUCAUGUCCAGCAGCAGUGCAGCCUCCCCUCUCAUCAAGGUUAAGCGCUGUCCCUGCUAAUCUUUUCUCUCAGCAGUGGUAAACGGAUGCAAGCUAAAGGAAACAUGUUGUUUGGUCUCAGAUUUUCACAUCAGAGUUUAACUUUUUUCACCUGAACUUUAAAAGCUGGGCAGAGAUUAGGGCGAGUGUCUAAUUUCCACUCGCUGCAUGGAGAUUGUGUGAGACUGAUUUCUUUUAAAGAGAGCCUGAAAUAGAGUAGUUUGAAGGAACUUCAGAGUGAAGGAAGGGAUUAGAAUGAAAAGUAGAAGCAGUGAUAAAUGCCUUUACUUAUUAUAAAUAUAAAAGAAACAUUGCUACAACUUUCAAGUCCUUUUAAACAGAAAAAAAGUGUUAUGGCAGAAUUUGUCUUGAGUCCAAAGCACUCAGAGCAGGCAUGGAAGGAUGCUCUGUGCCAAAGGCAGGCACUCACUAAGUUUAGCCCCAUCCCUGGAAGUGUUCAAGACCAGGUUGGGUGGGACCCCAAGCAGCCUAAAUUUGUGGGUGGCAUCCCUGUCCUUGGCAGGGGGUUGGAACUAGAUGAUCGUUAAGGUCCCUUCCAACCCAAACCAUUCUGUGAUUCUAUAAUUCUGUGAUUUAAGGAAGACACCUGUUCUACACACCAGACCCUCUCCUAGUUUGCUUUAACAGCCUACUUGCCAAAUUAUCUCUUCCAAGCCUUAAGGGGAUCCCCUGCGUGUGCUCUUCAUGCCAUAAAGCUGAGCAAAGGUUUCCCCCGCUGGUAGUGCCUGAAGGACCGAGCUUGCAUGUCCUCUGCUCCUGCUGGCCAGGGUGCUGGGGAUCAUCCUCUUGACUGUGGUGAGCUUGAGGCAUCCCUUUUGUGGCUCAAAUCGGCCGGAUCAGGGUAUUUAUUGUAUGUGGCUGAACUCUUGAGCUCUCGUGGGCUGGCAUAAGCAUGUUGGCUGAAACACGCAAGCUUUGUCUAAGUCCUGGUUAAAAUGCCACUUGUAGUUUGCAGAUGCAGCGCAGCUGUUUGCACUAUCACUCAUGCACUUUAAUGAUUGCAGCCACAGGCUUUUGUAUUUAUGCAGGGUCCAUUAAAGGCAAUGCUGAUUUCUUUUUGGCCUUUGAAACGUAAAGCAGGGUCUCCUCCUGUGACCUGAGAUCCCAGCCAGCUUCACUGAACAGAUAUUUAGUAACACCAUAGAAAACCAUUUUGAGCCUGACAAAAUAAGGAGUCUAGAGAAGAUAUCAACUGGCCUUGCUGUGAUAAUGAAGUGAUAGAUGAUGGAAAUGAGUCAAACCCUGUGGUCCUGCCUUAGUCAAGGCUCUCACUGAAGCCAGUGGAAGUUCAGCUUUUAGGGAGAACUGCAGGAGUUCACUUAUUUUUUUUAUGUUAUACAAAUGUUACAUGAUUACAGGGAACAAUGUAUUUCUUGGAAUCAGAUGCUUUAAUAUUAACAUCAUUCUCCAUUACUUUAUAGAUGCUGCCCUGUGUAACACGAGAAAGUUUAGUUCCCCUUGAAUUAAGGGUGAACUAGUAGCAUCCUAUUUUCGAUGCUCUUUGGAAGCUUUCAACUAAGUGUUACAGAGAAAUAGCACAAUAGUUGGAGUUGUCCUGUACUAUUCAUCACAUUCACAGACCUCCACAGCUUCAUCUGCACUGAACAGGACUGGGGUCCUAAGCAGCUUCUCAUAUUCAUAAAGGAAGCCAUUCUCUGCUCUUUCUUUUUUUUCGCCUCUGGAAAGUAUGGUAUUUUAUUAAUUUUACCUGCUGCUUUUCCAUGACAUCCAUCAUGUUUCAUCAGAGAAGUACACUACAGUUUCCUGACACUUUGUUUAGAUGCUUGAAACUUCCUCUACAGGUUAAAGUAGGCUUUACCUACUUAUUAGCUGACAACUAUUGAAGCUGCAAAUAAAGGAGUUGAGUUUUGGUAAACCAAAAAGAAAAAAAAAAAAACAAAACCAAACAAAGAAGCUGUAUCUCCUGCUUGAUUGAUUUUAUGGAUGGGUUUUUCUUAAAUAUCUACUUCAGCUAUGUGAAUGUAAUGUUCUGUAAGAGCAUUAUCUGGCUGACUCACAUGUGAAGAUGCAAUAAUGCUAAAGAUCCUCUUUUUGCACUUAGGGUCUGACUCCAGCUCAUUGCAGUCAGUCCCCUUGAUUUCUGUGAGGUUUGGAUCAGGUCAAACUGGCAACUCAGGGUUGUCGCCAAUCACUUAGGGUCCCAAAGUGUCCCAAGGCUGAAACCUGUAUCUAGCAAGUGUUGAAGUUUACAUUAAUGUAUGUACUUUUGGAACACGUGCCAUAAAUCCAAGUUAAAUGUCCACGUUUGCACUAAGGAUGUUCUUGUGAUAAGACUGUGCUUUUCAGCAUCUUUAACAAAUAAUGUAUCUAUUGAAUUUUUGAGAAAGGAAAAAGAAUGUUGAACACUCAUAAUUUAAGUUUGUGUUUCUUCGUCUAGUUUUGCUUUUGUAGAACAUAGGUAGGUACAGGUGGUUUGGACUUUUAAGCAGACAUGUGCAAAGAGCACCUGACUAUGUGGAGAGCAGGGUUAAUAGUGUGCAUGCAGUAGUGAAUUUGCUCUGUCCCAUCCAAAUGAAAUGUUUAUGCUGUGGACUAAAGGGGGACCUUUAUGACUUUUAUUUGUGAACUGAUUCUUAAACACAGUCCUAAGUUAAGUUAAAACAUACUGGGGUUUGUUUUGGGUUUUUUGUGACCAUUUUUGUAUGGAGGAAUUGUGGAACUACUUGAUGGCUGUGGUUGCCUGGGGAUUCCCCAUCACACAGUGGACUUUUCUCCACUUUGGGUGGCCAGUAUUGCGGGUAACCCCCGCACACCCUCAAAAACAUGACCAGCUAAGUCUGAACUGAGCAACACCACAAGACCUAGAAAGAUCCCAGUAUCCUUCAGCCACUGGCAAUCACAGCAGAGGGGUUUUAAGCCACUGAAGGUUCUUUUCAUCUGCUUUAAAAUUGGUCACGAUGCACUUGUUAGGUGGAAAAAUAGGAGUGUCUUAAGUUACUGUUGGGGCUGUUUAUAGUGGUAACAAUUCUUGUGGUAACAGUACACAUUUUGAGGUACAACUGUAAAUAUUUGUCUCAAACAUAGCACACAUUGCAUAUUAAAUGGUUUUAAUCUUUUUUGUCUUCCAUAGUUUUAAAUCUAAGCUUUUAUUAAUUUAUGAGGUUGAUAAGUUCUGCGAAUCUGAAUGUACAGUCUGAGGUUUUUAACAUUUAAAACUUUGCACAUGACAUGGUAUGUUACCCUGAGUAUGCUGUUGAACUAGGCUCUUCAUGUAUAUGUAUAAAUUACAGUAGAGAAUUUUCUCUGACUGCAAGUUUAAAUGAACUAUAUUGUAUAUGUACCUGUAAAAAAAUGUGUUAAAUCUAUAUUUAAAGAUUAAAAACUUGUUAAAUAAAUCCA